GCCGGAGCGUCGCCAAGCCCGGGGCGAGCGGCGCCCAGCCCUGUCACCCUGCCGGCGGGUGGCAGCCGCCCAGGGAACCGGCGGCAGAACGCCCGGGGCGCUGGGACUCUCGCCGUCGGCUCCGUGGCUGGCAGGGGGGCAGCCGGGCUGGCCGUUCUCCCACGCACGCUGCCUCCUCAGUGCCCCUCGCCCUCCCAGCGGCGCGCCCCGGGCCCGCAGCGGGCUCAGCCAUAGCGCUCGGCGAGCCGGCCUGAAGGAAGAACCUCUCUGGGGCCGAGCGCCGGCCUCUGUAACGCGUUAGGUGCCUCUCCUGGUAGGCCGUUGUCAGAGCUAGGGAGGGCUGCGCCGCCGGCGAGCGAAGCCCUAGGGAAUGGAUCAGGGAUCCUCCAGAGUAGCAUGAAGACUCUUGGUUCCAACCUUCGAAACCAUGGUAUCACCCUCCUUCAUCCAAGGAAUUUUGAUAAGAAAUUCCCUGCUGGGUACUGACAUGACUGAGAGGUACCACGAUGGUGAAAAUAGAUAACCAGCAGAAGAGAGAAGACCUUGUGUUAAUUAUGUCCAGGAGAAAGUCGGAGAGCAAAAGCCUUUUAGGCUUGUUGUCCACGUCUCUUCAGACACAAAUCAAGAUGGAUAAUUUUUACAAUUUUUACAUGCUUGAUCCUAAAGAGCUAGGAAGAGGAAGAUGUGCUGUGGUUAGAAAAUGUAUAGCUAAAUCCACAGGCCAAGAAUACGCAGCUAAAUUUCUAAAGAAGAGGAGAAGAGGACAGGACUGCAAAGCAGAAAUUUUACAUGAAAUUGCUGUGCUCGAAUUAACAAAGUCUAGUCCUCGUGUAGUUAAUCUCCAUGAAGUGUAUGAAAUGACAAAUGAAAUCAUCUUAGUGUUGGAAUAUGCUGCCGGAGGUGAAAUCUUUAAUUUGUGUGUCCCUGACUCAGAUGAGAGAAUCGAAGAAAAUGAUAUUAUCAGACUUAUUCGACAAAUACUUGAAGGACUCUGCUGUCUGCAUGAAAACAAUAUUGUGCAUCUUGAUUUAAAGCCUCAGAACAUCUUGCUGAGCAGUUUCAAUCCUCUUGGUGAUAUAAAAAUUGUAGAUUUUGGUAUGUCUCGGAAGAUCGAGAAUGCUAGUGAACUGCGGCAAAUCAUAGGAACUACAGAAUAUCUAGCUCCAGAAAUCUUAAACUAUGAUCCUAUUACCACGGCUACAGAUAUGUGGAAUAUUGGUGUAAUCUCAUAUAUGUUGCUAACUCAAGAAUCUCCAUUUGUGGGGGCAGAUAAUCAAGAAACUUUCCUCAAUAUCUCUCAAAUCAAUGUGGAGUAUUCAGAAGAAACUUUUGCAUCAGUUUCAUACCUGGCCAGAGACUUCAUUGAAAAACUUCUUGUCAAAAACCCAGAGGAAAGACCAACAGCAGAGGCCUGUCUCUCUCAUUCUUGGCUGAAACAGGGAGAAUUCAUAUUAUUGUGUAGUCCUGAAGAAUCUUCCUGUCCUUCUCCAAUGCAGGAACACACAACAAAGUGUUCAGAGGAAAGGAAUACUAAACCAAUUUGUAAUGGUACCUGCAGUGACCGAGCAGAUAAAGAGAACAUUCCAGAAGACAGCAGUACAGUGUCUAAACGUUUUCGGUUUGAUGAUUCAUUGCAACAUCCUCAAGACUUCAUGACAGACCUAGUAUGUUAACAUAUGUCUGUCUGUGCAGGUCCUCUGAACUGAAUUUAGGAUUCUAAUCUAUUCCAGUGGUGAAUAUUGUGAGAUUAUGGCUUGUCCAUUCGUGCAGCAUGGUUAUACUGAAAUGCACUUUUGAGUGAUCCUCUGAUGGGUACUUCCUUUCAUGUCCAUUGCUGGCAAUGGCUUUUACUCCUGAGAAACUGGAAUUCUGUCAUCAGGGGAGAGCCUUAUGUUUUGAAGGCGAUUUAGUUGAAUAUAUUUGCACUUUUCAAGUUUUAGUCCAAAAAAUGUUUAAUAUAAUAGAGAAUAAAAAUAUAAAAACUUUUGAAUGUUAAUAAAUGGACUCUAGUUAAACAACUUAUAAAAAUUCUCAAGACAGUGAUCUAAUAAUAUAAGCACAUUUUUGUGACUAAGACUUGAUAAUGGAUUGAAGCAGAGAAAUUUAAACUAAUAAUUUCUGACAGCCUUUCACUGCAAUGACCGUGCCGUCAUUUGUUAACUAAGCAUUUAAAAUCAGCAGAAUAUUGGGAUAUAUUGGAUGCAUUCAGCAAAUACUGUUUACUUAGAAUGUUUAGCUGUGGUUAAGGAUAAUCUUUCUGCCUUAGCUGACUGGUUACUUGUGGAUAGUGUACUGCAUGUGGCAUGUACUUUUAAUAUGCUAGCAUAAAUAUUUCUGGAAUACUAGAAUAGAAUAAGGGUAGGUUGCCAGUCUUAUUGCUGAAGAUCCUUGCUUCAUAAACAAAUCUAAUUGUAAGAGUGUGAAAAGUCUUGCACUGAAGUGCAUAUUGAAACAAGUGUACAUGCUCAAAAGUUGUCUCCAUAUAUAUCAGUCUCCAUAUACAUAUAUCUGGAUUGUAUUGAAAUACAGAUUGCACAGUAAACUAUAAAUAUUCCAAUACCCAUAAUAGUUUAGUGUACAUACCUCUUAAACAUCAGAGAUGAGACUAAUAGCAGUGCAUAGUCAUUUAUUGCCUGUGCAUCCACAUUAAGGAUGUGUUAAAAAGCUGAUAGAUGUGGGAUGGAGAGUGUGUUAAUUUGCUUGCAUAAUUUUUACAACCAAACUAUUUUUCCUCAAAGUACUUACUCAUGCUGAGAAAUUGGCUGCAAAAUUUCAGAAUUAAAAUUCAGAGCUCUGGUUAUAUAAAUCUAUCAAUUUUUGAAAACAUUCUGUUUUGCACUCUCCAUCUUACAAAAAAUAAAGGCAGGGUUUUUUGCGUUUUUUUUUUUUAUUCCUCUUGUUCCCAUGCUCUGAAAAAAACCACUGUAUUAUGCCAAGUUUCAGGUUGGAGCAAAUGUUGAUCAGGUCCUAAUUGAGUUUAUUAAUAGUGUGAAAAUGGGAGCCUUUUCAGAUAGGGAAUGGAAGUAAUUAAAGCUCUUUGAAAUAUUAUGAAAGUAAAUGGCACUUUAAACUAUUUCCUGGAUCUUCGAGUCUGCAUAGCUUAGACUGAAUCCUCCUCAGUGUGGAUGUCUCAUUUGUCUUACAUAAUGAGAAUUGUGAUAUUUAGUUAGUUGCAAGAUGCUUCCUCAAAUGUGCAUAUUGACCCUGUCAUAUUUAAGCAAUUUCUUGUUAAAAUUCAAGAGAAAAUAUCAAACAUUGAAAUAAUGUAAAUGCUCAUUUUAUUAAUAUGUAAUAAAAUGUUGUAUUUUAAGUACCUUUAUAACAAGAGGAUGGAAUAAAAAAUAUUUUAAGCAAUUUGUAUAUUAAAUCCAUCUUAACAGACAAAUGAGUCCAAUAAUGCUCUCUUUACUUGGUUAAUACUCCUGUUGAUCUGAAUGGAAGUUCCAGCUGAGUAAAGUUUGCAGGAUCAGGCCUUAACUUUUUAUGUGUUAAAAUCCAGUCUUUUCUGUUCUCUUUAUAAAGACUGAUAUCCAUGUGAUAUUGUUUUAAUACCAGUAUGUGUUCAACCAUGAACAAGCUGAGCUACCUAGUUAUUAGGGGACUCCACUAUCUCAUCUCUACAUAUUAAUGUUAUGUAUACAUUAUUCUUUUCUAUGAAUCGAUAACUGAGAAAUAAGUCGACUUUGUGGAGGCAGUUAAUAAACAAGUUAGUUUUUUUUUUUUUUUUUUUAAAUUUUGGAAGGCCUUGCUUUUACUCAAUAGUUUUAAACUAAGGUAUUUCUGUCUUCUUCUCAGAAGAACUUAAUCUAAUUACAGUGUAGUGAAAUAAAAGUAUUUUUAUACAUUCAGAAUUGAAAGUUCACUUAAGAUGAAGAGAGGAAAUGUCAAAACAGUACAACAGAUUCAGCUAUAAAAAGUUGUUUACAAAAAAUAAUUGUAAUAUAAUUUAAACUGUCCAAAUUACUGCUAAAUUCUUAAUUUUAAAACUGGAAUCGCUCAUACAUUAAUAUUACUGUUUCUUUUAACAUAUGAUACAGGUUAUGCAAAGUAUAAAGUCAUAACCAUAUAUACCAGCACUUUAACUAAACAAAAUACAGGAAAUAUUCCAUAAAGAAACUUUCCACCAUGAUAUUUGAUAAAUGUUUACAUUUGUUACUGCUUUUUUCUGGUCUUAAGUUAUCUUUUAAGUUUGAAUAAGUGAAUUUUGGUUUUAUCCAAUAGAGCUUUUUCAAAUUUUGUAGACAUCUGUAUUUUUGUAUGUAAAUUCAAAUAUAACUGGAGCCAGAAUUUUAAAUUGUUUGGAUUAAUAUAAAUGUUUAAUUUUAUAAGAAUUUUGUAUUGUGCAUGCCAUCAUUUUCUUUAACAUACGUAAUUUCAUUUAAGGUACAGUUGUUCUUUGGUAGCCCAUUGUGCUUAGUGUCAUGUUAUUGGGGACUAGCAAAAACAGAAUGUAAAUGGUCAUAGUAAUAUUUUAUUAAGAUAACUGAUGUAAUUUCUAUGCAAUUCCUGAAUUAUUUUGUAUAAACAAACAUUUUGUAUUGAAAUGUGACUUUAUUCAACAGUUUGUACACUUAGUAUUUUCUAAUCAGAAAAAGUGGCUUUCCAGCUAAUGUCUUGUGCUCUGUGUAAAGUUCAUCUGAUAAGUUAGUGAAUGUAGCUUUUUGAAAUGCCACCACAUCCUUACACUUACUAAUUUCAUAUCUGGAAUGCUGCAUACAUUUGAAUCUGGAUUAAAUCUAUGAGGGGAAAAAGGUGUUUCUGCUUAAUGUACAUUGAGGGACAGAACUCUUGUCCUUUUAUAGUUUAAUUUUAGGUGUAAAAUGUUUAGAGGAAAGGAGAGGCAUCUUAAAAUAUUAUAUAAGAAAGAAAUGCUGGUGUUCAGGUUUCAUUAGUCUCUCUGUAGAGAACCAGCACUAUGCCAACCAGCUAAAGAGAGAAGAUGAUAAGCAAAAUGAGUCAAACACAUGAAAUGGGCCAGUCCAAAUAUUAAGUGUCUUGACUUAAAACACUAACCCAGUGGUGAUCUGCAUACCUCAACAGCAUAAGAUAAACAGGUAUGUAAUAUCCAUGUUGUUUAUUUAGCAGAUGGUUGUCCUUUCUCAAGGCUGUAAACUCCUUAAAGUUAAGUUGAAUGUUAGUAGGCUGAUGGUCUAAAAAUAAAUUAUACUCUUCUAGAGAACUUCAUAUAUUGUGUGUGUAAUAAAUGGGUAGUAAUUCACUAAUACAGGCUGGAUACUGCAGUUGCUACAUAAAGAUCCCAUUGACAUAAGUGUUGUUCUGUUUGUGUUUAGAACUUCAUGACUGAGUUGUGUGUUCUGUGAAGGGAACAGUAUCCCCAUGUAUUUGUUUUGGCAUUACUGCAGUAUUCACUUCAAAUCUCUCAAAUUUUCUGCCCAUAAAACUUUUAUCCAAUGUGCUUCAUAUACUAAAAACAAAAUCCUAUUUAUUAAAUACUCGUUUCCCCCCUUAGCAA